AUGUGCCAUAUAUCAUACACCCAUAUUGUAUACGGGCCAUUACCUCGCUGGGAUUAGGACUGAUGCCCCCAGUUCUCAGGGCGUACAUCAGUUUUCCCUCCUCCUCCUCAGCACCCGGCUCCUGAGGGUAGAUGGGGCAAGUUUGCCACCAUCGCCUCCACCAGUGAGGUAUGCUACUCCAUAUUCUUUUGGAAUGUCCACCACUUUCGCAUUCGGCCGCCCCAUAUUCGCCCAGCCCCUUUAAUGAGCUCAUGA